AUGGAACCAGAGAACAAUGUGACUUACUUUGUCCUCUUGGGCCUCACACAGAAUCCAAAGGAGCAGAAAGUUCUUUUUGUUAUGUUUUUGCUCUUCUACAUUUUGACCAUGGUGGGCAACAUGCUUAUUGUUGUGACUGUAACUUUUAGUAGGACCCUGGGCUCACCCAUGUACUUCUUUCUUGCCAGUCUAUCAUUUAUGGAUUCCAUUUAUUCUUCAGUCAUUUCCCCCAAAUUGAUUUCAGACUUGUUCUUUGGGGAAAAUACCCUAUCCUUCAGAUUUUGUAUGGCCCAGCUGUUUACAGAGCACUUUUUUGGUGGAUCAGAGGUCUUUCUUCUGUUGGUGAUGGCCUAUGACCGCUAUGUGGCCAUCUGUAAGCCCUCGCAUUAUUUGGUUAUCAUGAGGCAAUGGGUGUGUGUUGUAUUACUGGUAGUGUCCUGGGUUGGAGGUUUUCUUCACUCAGUAAUUCAACUUAGCACUAUUUACGGGCUCCCAUUUUGUGGGCCCAAUGUCAUUGAUCACUUUCUCUGUGACAUGUACCCCUUACUGAAACUUGUCUGUACUGACACCCGUGUCGUUGGCCUCUUAGUGGUGGCCAAUGGAGGACUGAUUUGCACUAUUGUGUUUCUGCUCUUACUCAUCUCUUAUGGUGUCGUCUUGCGCUCUCUAAAGAAUCUUAGUCAGGAAGGGAGGCGGAAAGCCCUCCAGACCUGUGGUUCCCACAUCACUGUGGUUGUCUUCUUCUUUGUUCCCUGUAUUUUCAUGUAUGCAAGACCUGCAGAGACCUUCCCCAUUGACAAAUCAUUGAGUGUGUUUUAUACAGUCAUAACCCCCAUGUUGAACCCAUUAAUCUACACUCUGAGAAAUUCUGAGAUGAAUAAUGCUAUGAAGAAGGUCUGGAGAAGAAAUUUCCUAGCUCAUAGUAAAUAA